CCCAGCCAAACUGCAAGCCGGACCCCAGGCCGCCUCCCCGCCGCCGCCGCCCGGCCUCCCCGCGAGCGCUCCACCAUGGACAGUCCUGUUUUCACCUUAUAAAGAUGGCGGUGCGGGAUCGCUGCAACCUUUAGACUAAUGACUGUCCGAAACAUCGCCUCCAUCUGUAAUAUGGGCACCAAUGCCUCUGCUCUGGAAAAAGACAUUGGUCCAGAGCAGUUUCCAAUCAAUGAACACUACUUUGGAUUGGUCAACUUUGGAAACACGUGCUACUGUAACUCGGUGCUGCAGGCGUUGUACUUCUGCCGGCCGUUCCGGGAGAAUGUGCUGGCGUACAAGGCCCAGCAAAAAAAGAAGGAAAACUUACUGACGUGCCUGGCAGACCUCUUCCAUAGCAUCGCCACGCAGAAGAAGAAGGUUGGCGUGAUCCCACCAAAGAAGUUCAUUUCGCGGCUGAGAAAAGAGAACGAUCUCUUUGAUAACUACAUGCAGCAGGAUGCUCACGAGUUUUUAAAUUAUUUGCUAAACACUAUUGCGGACAUCCUGCAGGAAGAGAAAAAACAGGAAAAACAAAACGGAAAAUUAAAAAAUGGCAACAUGAAUGAACCUGCAGAGAAUAAUAAACCAGAACUGACCUGGGUCCAUGAGAUUUUUCAGGGAACGCUGACCAAUGAGACUCGAUGCUUGAACUGUGAAACCGUUAGUAGCAAAGAUGAAGAUUUUCUUGACCUUUCUGUCGAUGUGGAGCAGAAUACAUCUAUUACCCACUGUCUGAGAGACUUCAGCAACACAGAAACACUGUGUAGUGAACAGAAAUAUUAUUGUGAAACAUGCUGCAGCAAACAGGAGGCCCAGAAAAGGAUGAGAGUGAAGAAGCUGCCCAUGAUUUUGGCCCUGCACCUGAAGCGGUUCAAGUACAUGGAGCAGCUCCACAGGUACACCAAGCUGUCUUACCGGGUGGUCUUCCCGCUGGAGCUCCGGCUCUUCAACACCUCCAGCGACGCCGUGAACCUGGACCGCAUGUACGACCUGGUGGCCGUGGUGGUUCACUGCGGCAGCGGUCCUAACCGUGGGCAUUAUAUUACUAUUGUGAAGAGUCAUGGCUUCUGGCUUUUGUUUGAUGAUGACAUUGUAGAGAAAAUAGAUGCCCAAGCUAUUGAAGAAUUCUAUGGCCUGACAUCCGAUAUAUCAAAAAAUUCAGAAUCUGGAUAUAUUUUAUUCUAUCAGUCAAGAGAAUAACUUAAAGACCUGCGGGACUAAUUCAAAUGGGGGGAAAUGUUCCAAGCACUCUUCCAUGGUUUCCCUGCACACUUUCCUCCCCAGCGGCCCACCAGGGACACGACGCCAAGUCCGACGGUCUGGCUCUGUUAGACUUUCUCUCCCUUUGUUUUUUUUGUUUUUUUUUUACAUGCAGCACUACUUGUGGUUUUAUUUUAGUCUGAGGUAGUGUUAACUGCAAUCAGAUUGUAGUAAGAUUUAUAUGAGUAACAGUUGCUAAUUUGGGGAUUGGGUAAAUGCCCCACCACUGGCUGUGUCUGGCUGAAGCCGAGUGACAUUUCCUGCAAAUGUCUACAGUCUGUUUUGGGUCUCUGCUGAACGGCCUAAAUGCCUCCCGGGAUCGCGUCUCAGUGCAUUCCUCUAACUUGUCCCUGGAAGCACCGCUACCCAGUUCUUGCUGCUGUGCCUCUUUUCUGCCAGGAGGACAGAAGAAUCGGGUAGAUGUUCACCUUUUAGGGCUGCAACUAUAGCUUUAAGUUUGUGCAAGUGAAAACAUUGAACAGUGAAUAACCUCAAUACUAAGACCAUCCUCCAGGUGGAACAGGGUGAAGAGAAGCUGUUCCUGGGGGCUCACGCCUGCCCUGGCUUGUGCUCUCUCUCUGCCAGCCUUGAGAAUCCCCGAGGCUAGGAAGGUAGGAAGCUCAGGGCAGGCAAAGCCAAGAGGAGGAAGCUUUCGUGGACAGUGAGAAGUUACUUUUCUUAUCUUUCUACCAAAACCACGCGUCAGGAAAAUAACCCUAUGCUGUCUGUUCUUAGUGACCCUCGGCUUCCAUGAGGUCCUGUGAGUCGUAUCUGUCCUCUCUUUGGCACUGCUAAGCUUUCCCGGGUGUCAUUCCAGGCCUGCUGGUGUUUUGCAGUCUGUGGUCACCGGGCUGAGACACCGCGGUGACUGCUUCCGGCCCAGCUCUCCUUGGCCGGUCAGCACCCACGUCCUUCUCUAUCAGGAAGGACAGCGGGCGCUGCAGCUUCACCACCAUCGGCCACGUGGUACAGCUGUUGGCUUUUUCGCAUUUCCGUCUGUUUAUUGAGGUGCUGGCGAGCCCUGGGGCUAAUGUGGAACCUUCCCUAGAGGGAUUACUGGAGUUAGCUGGGUGUGAAUGUGGUCAGAGGAAGUGUGAGUGGGUGGGCGGAGGAAUGAACAAAAUGGUGGCGUCUCUUUGGCUCAGACUCCUAGAAUGCUUGACAAGACAGUUUAUGGAAGAACCUCAUCUCACUAGAGUUACUUUUACCUUUUUCACUUUUGUUAUAUAUGUAUUUAUUAGAUCAUUUGAGUAUUGGUACCUUUUAUUAAAAGGGUCAAUUUGGUGUUUUGCUGUUGAGCUGGUUUUUGGAUUCUUACAAAUAACUAUGAGUCCUAGAUCUUGGCUUCCUUUGGGAAGUCAGUUGACUUCCAUACACUAUAAUAUACUGUGAACGUAUUAUUUUGUUACCUAAUAAGUCAGCGAAUGAACAUGCAGAUGUUUGGCAUAAUGUGAACUAAAAUUGAAAUCGAAAAUGUUAGCGGCCAUUUUGUAAAAUGAAGAGCGUAGCACUUUAUCUAGAUGAAAACUGGAUUCUUGUUUUUGACAUGUCUUGAACUGUUUAUUGCUCAGAACUUAAAUAAGCAUGCCGACACUUCAUUUGUUCAUGCUUGAAGUGAAAUGUUUUACUUUUCACUGGAGAAGACAAAAACAGGGUGAUCUUCACGUUAUUGUUUUAUACAAGUGAUACCUUGCCUUGUUUAGAGGCAAAUUCAUAUUUAUAAAUAUUUUGUCUUUUUUUCCCUCCAUGAAACAAAGGCAGUAAUCAAUUACCUAGAAGGUGAGUAUUUAUUCUGUUUUUAAGGAGAGACACUUUGCAAUUGAAGGUGACUGAUACAAGGAACUGUUUGUACUAUAUAUAACCCAUAUAUUUGACUGCAGGUUGCAAAGUUUUUUAAAAAAAAUGGUUCAUAUCUAAUAUAUUUGGAACUGGUUCAUAAGAAAAACUAUUAAAAUUAUCUUUGAAAUGACUCUUGAAACUAAUUUAUUAGAAACAAAAAGUUUCAAUUGGAGACCUACCGAAGUAAUAUCUAAAUGCUAAGUCAUAGAUUCAGUGCAUUUUCUUUAUUAUUAUUAUUAAUAUUAUUUUUUUGUAUGUGUAAAGAGUUUUUCCCAGUGACUUAAGAGAAGAAACUGAAAGGGUCAGUUAGAAUUCAGUAUUCCUGGAGAGAGGUUAGGAGUAAAGAAGAAGUAUGGAAGGUAAUGCAGAGGCAUUAAAAUGGUUGUGUGAUGCAGGAAAAGAAGAUUGGAGAAAGACCAAAACACACUUAUCCACCGACACUCCAUCAGAUUUUUAAACUUUAGAGCUAUCUGAUCAUUUCUUUCCUCUUCAAUAAAUGAACAAACACUAGGCAGCUACAUUUCCCCCUAUCAUUUCACUUUACAUAAAGACAGUAGCAUGCAAACACUUUAUUUUUCACCCGUCAUUCAUCGUAUAAAGCAGAGAACGAUGUGAGAUGUGUGAGACCAUUCUGAGGUCAACGAUAGCACAAAGGCUCAGCAAUAUUCCCUCAAAUCGCCGGGGUUUUGUGUGUCAUUUUCUGGCAGGAGUUAGAGUAGGCCUGCUGUAUUUCUUUUAAAUGCUGCAGGUUUUAGAAUAAGUUACAGUGUUUUACACUUAAAACAAAGAAGAAAUAUUUGCUUUAUUGGUUACUUACUAGCUGAGCAUCUAGAUGUAUGGUACAGUUUGCUAAAAAGGCAUUUGUUUAAAAGCCUCUUUUGGCAAAAUGCUGACAUCCAGUCCGGUUACACGGAUGCAUUUUCCAUUCCAAGGCAGCAUGAAGUGGGCUGGUUCGCCAAGGAACAAUACAAGAGGGUGUCGGUUCAAAUUGGAAGCCAGUCGUAUUUGGUUUUACGGCCUGGCAUAUUUUGGAUUUCAGAUGAAAUGGAAAAAAAAAAAAAGACAGGAAUGGUCCCUAUGCAUUUAUUUUCAUGGAUAUGCUUAAUUUCAUGGGCAUGCCUAACAAUGAACUAUGUUCUAACUGGAGCUUAGGACUUAUUUUAGAUAUUGGAGUGUAGCUUUAUUACAGAUGGAUUUUAUCUUUAAACAUUGCAUUUUGAUCAACUUUGUAUAUUCACGUGUAUUAAAAUAUCGUGCCCUUAAUGUUUUGCCCUCAUUUGCUAUUAUAUGGUCAAGGCAUUUAUCAGCACUAUUGUGAAUAACUCAUGUAAAUGGCAUGGGUCAGGGAAAAUUAUUCCCUACUUUUCUGCCUAAUUAAAUUUGUUUUCCAGUAUUACAUUAAUUUAUUUUUGGCUUCCAUUUCUUUGUAAUCAAAAUAGUUACUGUAUUUGUAUGGCAUUCAUUUGAUUUUGUUGCUAAAAAAAGUUUAGUUUUUAUUUAAAAUAAUCUGUACCUUAAUUUUCUUUUAAUGUAACCAAUUCAAGCACUUUAAGCAAUAACGUCAAUCUUGUGAAAGUUCAAUCAGUUUAACACCCUGCCUCUAAAAUUGUUUGCAAAAAAAUAAAUAAAAUAGGAAUUCCCUUCCUAGAGAAUUAUAUCUUAGUAAUGUUACACACAUGGACUUAAAAUCCUUUUUAUAAAAUGUGAGUUAUUGGCAAGUCUCAUGUCUGGGUAAUCAUUCCAAACUUAAUUUUGAAGCAGUGGAAAUGUAAAGAACCUUCUGGUUAUUGUGAUUUAUAAAUGCAGUGCUACUGUCAAGGUUGAUAAAGUCGGUAUUCUGAAGGUAACUCAGUCCUGUUUUUGAGUAAAAAAAAAAAAGAUCAACAGAAGUAAUCCAGAAACCUAUAUUUGGGGAAUAGCAAAUUGAGGCUGUCAGUGGUGGGAAAAAAAAUUAGGUUCGGGUAUAUUAAACAUCACAGUGAAUUCCUUAGCUGGGACUCUGCAUAUAAAAAUCACCUUUUACCAGUUACGAAAUAGAAGAUCCAUUCCGCAAAUAAGAAAGUGGCUUCCAGAAUCUGAUUUCUAGGCCCGAGCGGGAGUAUGA